UGACGUCGGUAGUAAUUGUUCAGUGGGGGCCGAUCCCUAUAACAACUUGACAUCAUAGAUUGACAGAACCGCUAAGAUGGCUGAUAUUAAAGACACUCCGCCUUUAUUUGAUACUAAUGAAACUAAAAGUGACGAUUUGGAGGAUGAUGACGAUGAUGUUUUUGCUUCUGCGAUACAGGAUCAAAGUCAAUUGGAAGAUUCCUCCCCUUACAAUGGUGUAUCAACACUCCAAACAGAGUUACCCAAAUUGACCUUACGAGAUGCGAUGGAAGAAAAUUCAUUUUCUUCAGUAUCAAGUCCACCACCAGGUCCAUUAAGUCCGCCAUUAGGUCCAAUGAGCAGUGAUAUCGGAGAUCUGCAUGACGUUCCUAUUAAUGACAAUGUGGAUACAUUGUCAACAAAUGUUAUCAAAUCUCAAUCGUUCGAAGAGGUACCAGGCGAUUCGACUGAUGUUUUCCUUAAAAUCACAGUUACUUCACCUCAAAAAAUAGGCGAUGGCAUGGGUGCUUACAUGGCCUAUAAAGUUGAAACUAGAACUAAUAUGCCAAUAUUUAGAAAGCGCAAUUUUAGCGUCACUAGAAGGUUCAGUGAUUUUCUUGGUCUUCAUGAUAAAUUAACCGAUAAAUAUCUAAGAAAUGGUAGAAUUAUUCCACCUGCGCCUGAAAAAAGCGUUAUCGGUACAACAAAAAUAAAGAUGUCUGGUGACAAGAAUCAAGAACAAAAUUCCAGUUCCACGGAGUUCAUUGAACGCCGUAGAGCUGCUCUCGAAAGAUAUGUAAAUAGAACUGCGGCACAUCCAGUUCUAAGCGUAGAUCCUGAUUUUAGAGAAUUUUUGGAAGCUGAUAUGGAAUUACCUAAAGCAACUAAUACAUCUGCUUUGAGCGGUGCUGGAGUAAUGAGACUCUUUAAUAAAGUUGGAGAAACUGUUAACAAGAUAACAUAUAAAAUGGAUGAAAGUGAUCCAUGGUUCGAAGAAAAAACUUCACAAAUUGAAUCUCUUGAUACUCAACUACGUGCUUUACACUCUGCUGUUGAUACUUUAACUAAUCAAAGAAGGGAACUUGCUAAUUGCACGGGAGCAACAGCAAGAGCAGUUGCGGUUCUUGGUCAUGGGGAGCCAGGAGCUUCUCUUGGUAGAGCAUUAGCACAAUUAGCCGAAACCUUGGAAAAAGUAGAAGUAAUCAGAAAAGCACAAAGCAAUAGCGAUCUUUAUCAAUUUGGAGAAAUGUUAAGAGAUUAUGUCGCGCUUAUGGGUGCUAUUAAGGAUGUUUUUCACGAACGUGUUAAAGUAUUCCAAAAUUGGCAGCAUGCUCAAAUGAUGUUGAACAAAAAACGGGAACAAAAAGCUAGAUUGGAACAAUCCGGUAGAACCGAUAAAACAAGUCAAGCUGCUACCGAAGUUGUCGAAUGGGAGGCGAAAGUGGAGAGAAGUCAAGAAGAAUUUGAUAAUAUUUCGAAGAUGAUAAAGAAAGAGGUUGAACGUUUCGAAUUAGUCAGAGUGGAAGACUUUAAGAAACAAUUAAUGGAAUAUCUCGAAGCGAUGUUACAACAUCAAAACCAACUGAUCAAAUAUUGGGAAAGUUUUCUACCAGAGGCACGAGCAGUUGCAUGAACAUUCCUCAAUUUAAAAAUAUAAAUGAAUUUUUUUAUUAUGUAUAGAUAUAUAUAUAUAUGAAACAAACUUUACGAUAAA